UUAAUUCUUUCAUGCUCCAUGUUUCUAUCUCACUUGUACAUAUAAGAAUAAUAUUAUUUUCGAUUAUUUUCUUAAAUACUACAUUUUGUAAAAUGGUUAGUUUAAUAAUUUUGUUCAUAGGGUUCUUGUACUGAAGUCUGUUUCCGACAAACAAUCAGCCCAUGAACAAGCCGCCAGAAAAGCCCACUACUGAUCGGCAGUCGUCACUCUCGUCGCCGCUCCCGUAAUUCACACAAACUAUUCCCGGUGGUUUUGCAGAAUCUCGAAAAUUAUUCAAUUGGGCACUUAACCUUUUUUUUAUUUAUUCUAUUUAAGUUUCCCAACAAAUCCGUGUCCGCGGAAGAGCCUAUGUUCUAGGUCUUGAAGAUUUUUUUGAUGCAAAUUCAUCGCAAGGGUUUGUUGAAUUAGAUCAAUAACCCAUGCGAAGAAGUUAUAUAUGUUCAGAGGUGUUUCAUCAUACAAGUUUUUGAUCUUGAAGAUCGGAGGAACAUAAUUAUAAUUGAUGUAUCCAGGAAUCGUUGGUUCAUGAGUGAUAACAACAGAGGAAAUAAGUACCCAGAAUCUCAAGUUAAUCGGCUGGAGAUAACUCCAGAUAAGAGGUACCUAGCUGCUGCAGGGAACCCACACAUUCGACUUUUUGAUGUCAACUCCACCAGCCCUCAGCCUGUGAUGAGCUAUGAUUCACACACAAACAAUGUUAUGGCUGUGGGAUUUCAGUGUGAUGGAAAAUGGAUGUACUCGGGUUCUGAAGAUGGAACUGUAAAGAUCUGGGAUUUGAGGGCACCAGGGUGUCAACGAGAAUAUGAAAGUCGAGCUGCUGUUAACACGGUGGUUUUGCAUCCAAAUCAGACUGAGCUGAUAUCUGGUGAUCAAAAUGGCAAUAUUCGUGUAUGGGACUUGACUGCAAACUCUUGUAGCUGUGAGCUGGUGCCAGAGGUUGAUACAGCAGUGAGAUCAUUGACAGUGAUGUGGGAUGGAAGCUUGGUAGUUGCUGCAAACAACAAAGGAACAUGUUAUGUCUGGAGGCUCUUACGUGGGACACAGACAAUGACCAAUUUUGAGCCACUUCACAAGCUACAGGCUCAUGAUGGUUAUAUCCUCAAAUGUCUCCUAUCACCCGAGUUUUGUGAACCUCAGAGGUAUCUGGCAACUGCAUCUUCUGAUAGUACAGUCAAGAUAUGGAAUGUAGAUGGUUUUACUUUGGAGAAAACACUAGUUGGGCACCAACGAUGGGUAUGGGAUUGCGUGUUUUCUGUAGAUGGUGCUUAUCUCAUUACAGCUUCGUCUGAUACAACAGCAAGGCUUUGGUCAAUGUCAACUGGUGAAGAUAUUAGAGUUUAUCAGGGACAUCAUAAAGCCACCGUCUGCUGUGCUCUUCAUGAUGGUGCUGAAACCACUGCUGCCUGAUACACUCCAUAAUCACCAAAAAAUACUUUCAAUUUCAAUUACUUGUUUGAAUUUAAUUACUUGUAUGCAUUGCAUUCUGUUUUACUCACAACAUUAUCAUGUCUAUAUUGGGGUUCUUCGUUUUCUUUAGU